ACCUAACAUCGGCCCUGAGAACCGGGUUCCUCGGGAUCCACUGCGCUUAAAUCACCGCUAAGUCUGUCUGGAAACUUGGGGUCCUGGGGGCAGCAGGAUGCACAGGAUCAGCCGGGCAGGCGUGGCUUUGUUCUUGGGAGGGUCUCAGACAGAAGGACUGAGGUGUCUGAGCGCAGCGGGAGACACUUAGGGAUCUCAGGGAAACCCAGCAGUGCCAAGUUCAAGAUGGGCUCCCAGGUCUCGGUGGACACAGGAGCUGUGCACGUGGUGAUCGUGGGCGGGGGCUUUGGAGGGAUAGCGGCCGCCAGUCAGCUGCAGGCUCUGAAUGUCCCCUUCAUGCUGGUGGACAUGAAGGACUCCUUCCACCACAAUGUGGCAGCCCUCCGGGCCUCCGUGGAGAGCGGGUUCGCCAAAAAGACAUUCAUUUCUUACUCGGUGACCUUCAAGGACAACUUCCGCCAGGGCAAAGUGAUUGGCAUAGACUUGAAGAACCGGAUGGUGCUGCUAGAGGGUGGUGAGGCCUUGCCCUUCUCACAUCUUAUUCUGGCCACAGGCAGUACUGGGCCCUUUCCUGGCAAAUUUAACGAGGUGUCCUGCCAACAGGCAGCCAUCCAGGCCUAUGAGGACAUGGUGAAGCAGAUCCAGCGCUCGCAGUUCAUCGUGGUGGUGGGAGGCGGCUCUGCAGGAGUUGAGAUGGCCGCAGAGAUUAAAACCGAGUACCCUGAGAAGGAGGUCACUCUUAUCCACUCCAGAGUACCCCUGGCGGACAAGGAGCUCCUGCCUUGUGUGCGACAGGAAGUGAAGGAGAUCCUCCUCCGAAAGGGUGUGCAGCUGCUGCUGAGUGAGCGGGUGAGCAACCUGGAGGAACUGCCUCGCAAUGAGUAUCGGGAGUACAUCAAGGUGGAAACGGACAAGGGCACAGAGGUGGCCACCAACAUGGUGAUUGUGUGCAAUGGGAUCAAGAUUAACAGCUCUGCCUACCGCAGUGCGUUUGCAGAGAGUAGGCUGGCCAGCAACGGGGCUCUGAAAGUGAACGAGUUCCUCCAGGUGGAAGGUUACAGCAACAUUUACGCCAUUGGCGACUGUGCUGACAUCAAGGAGCCCAAGAUGGCCUAUCACGCUGGCCUGCAUGCCAACAUUGCUGUGGCCAACAUUGUCAACUCCAUGAAGCAGAGGCCCCUCAAAGCCUACAAGCCAGGUGCGCUGACAUUCCUCCUGUCCAUGGGCAGAAACGAUGGCGUGGGCCAGAUCAGUGGCUUCUAUGUAGGCCGCCUCAUGGUGCGGCUGGCCAAGAGCAGGGACCUUCUCAUCUCCACAAGCUGGAAAACCAUGCGGCAAUCUCCACCAUGACAGGGAGGCUGCAUGGGAGUCGAGGUACCACUCGGAGGGGUGACAGACUGCUUGACAAAGGACACCCUUCUGACAGGUGCCAAUGGCAGAGCUCUUUGUCUGGAUCAUGGUGUCAGCCAUGUGCUGGCUGGAAAUACAAUUUGGGUAAAACCGGAAAUGAGAGACAGAGAGUAAAGGGGGGAGGCAUUAAAAAAAGAAAAACUAACCUAGAAGAUUCCUUCCAGGUUUGGAAGGUCUGCCUGCAGCUGUGCUAGCUAACGGGUCUCGGGGAGGCAGAGGGAGGCUGAGGGAGCCUCCCAUAUCAUAGGCUUCCAUCUAAGGAUGCACAUGAGUCUGUGUGUGCACAUGAGUCUGUGUGUGCACGAGUCUGUGUGCACAUGAGUCUGUGUGUGCACAUGAGUCUGUGUGUGCACAUGAGUCUGUGUACACGAGUCUGUGUGCACAUGAAUCUGUGUGUGUACACAUGAGUCUGUGUGUGCACAUGAGUCUGUGUGCACAUGAAUCUGUGUGUGCACAUGAAAGCAUUGGGCUUUGGGAGUACUGUUGAGAGCUCUUGUUGGACAGGGCUGGGCAAUUCUAGCACGGACCUCAUCUGUAGUAUAGUCAAGAGAGCCCAUAGCAUGAGACCAAGGGUGCUGGGGUGGGGAGCUUGUAUAUCUCACAGUAUGCAGGGAUUAACUGGGGCCCCGUUUUUAUCUUCCUCUCUAUGGUUAGUACCUGCACUUUGCUCUCCCUCCGUCUUCUUUCCUUCCCUCUGAACAACACUCACACAGCGCGCGAGUGCAACAUCUCUCUCCACCCCCACAGUGUCUACCUAUAUUAUUCAGUUUCCCUCAAACUCCUGAGCUCGUCAUGCUCCUGCCUCAGUCUUUCCUGGUGCCUUGGGACCCUCUUUAACCUUUGUGAGUCUUUGUGUCCAUGUUCGGCUUGACUGUGUGUCACAGGUACAUUCAUGAAGAGUCAGACAAAAUCCCUCUCUAGCUCACCCAUCUGUUGCUGAAAUCUCUUUGGGAAGUGAGGGAGAUAUAAGCCACAUCUGUCCCUUCUCCUAAGGUCCCAAUGACAAACUGAGGCAGGGUUCUGUCAGACUUUACUCCAGGGAACCAGUGAGUGUAUUGGGCUUCCUUACAUAUUGUUGGCUUCUCCCAUGACAGGCCAAGCUGGGAAGCUUUAAGCAGCAGGGAUGAGAGCCUCACAGAUCCGAGGCAGUACAGAGAGCACCUCUCUCCCUAGCCUUUCCCAGCCUAUAUGCCCAAGCCUUGAGGCCAGAUGCAGUGCCAUUAAAGUGGACUUGUGUGUAAGUGGUAGGGGCCUGCUAGAUACACAGAUGAAGGUCUCCUGACCCUCCCCACGACACCAUCAUCAGAUACAAAUAGUCAACAAGGCCAGCUGGGACAAUCCUCUUAAAGGGGAGAGCGGCUGAACUCCCCAGGAUGGUGGUCGCUUGGCUCCGAGGACAGUCAUGCAAACAGCAUCCUAACAGGGUGAGGUUUAUAAGUCUGGAGAGGCUAAGGCUGAACCCUGGUUGGCUUUAGGAAUCCCAGGAUAGAGACCUGUGGCUGGGGGAGAGCAUUGGCUGCUUGAUCUCCAGAGACCAGAGGGGCAACUGAGUCCUCGAGUGAUUUCCAGGUUACCAGCAGGCUUCUGUGGGGGGUGGGGAGCUAUGCUGCUCAUUUUCGGCCAGCUCCUGUCACUUGGGUCCUCAUUGGUCACCAUGUGUGCUAUAGAUUGCUAAGGUGUAUGAAUUAUAUGAAGGACUUCCCUAUCCAAGUAGGGAAUAGCCACUUGUGCAUGGCCUAAGUUGAAUGUCUUAGCAGAAGAGACUGAAAGUCCACUCCAGUAGCUUCAGACAUGACUCUCCCCACCCUGCUUCUUUCUGCUUGCUUUUGGCCUUGGCCUCUGGUUAUGGGUGGCAAGAGUCCUUGAGAUAGCAGCCUCCGUGGGAUUUCCAGUCCAUCCCCAUUUGGACUGUGACCAAGGUCUGUUCCACACUGGAGUUGAGACUUGACUCUCUCUCCCAGAGACUGACCACUCACCGGCAGCUCUGCCCCUGGCUCUGCUGUCGUGGGUGCCACCCAGCAAGCUCACCCUUUGUUGGGGCAGGAUCAACUGUCUGCAGGAAGCUGGCCAUGUCAGAGCUUCACAGAGCGUGGCAGGACUCUCCAGUGACAGGCUUUGUGUGAUUUCUUUACAAUACUCUGGAUGAAUCUAUCUGCAGGGAACGCAGGUUUCCAAGAGGAGGGGAAUAUCACAAUAAAGGGCUAUGUUAUAAGAAAGACACUGGAUCUUUUAUUUUUUUUCUUCUCAUUUUUUCUUUUUCUUUAAAAAAACAAAAACAAACAAACAAAAAUCCCGAAGCAAAACCCUUUUGGGUGUAGUUACAAAUAUUUUAGGCGUCAGGGGGGGACCCUAUAACAGAAAAGCACCCCGAGAUGUUUUUCUCAUCUUCUCUCCACUGAGGGAGACAGCCAGUAUACCUAGGUUUGACAGUCACGCCCUCUUCCCUUGGAAAAAAGGAGGAACCAAAGACAUAGGAAAUUUGAACAGAUUCUGUGUGUGUGUGUGUGUGUGUGUGUGUGUGUGUGUGUGUGUGUGUGUAAGAGAGAGAGAGAGAGAGAGAUUGUAAAAGUCAAUGCUAUAAAUCUAAACGAAGUCUAUUUUUAUGUUUGUUUUAAAAAAAGUUCUAAAACAACAGGAAGAAAAAACACAUGGAAAGAAACCUCUGGUGGAGACCUGGUUAAUUGUGGAAGAGGCCCUUUGUAAAGAGUAUAAAAUGCACCGGGCCCCUUCCCCAGGCAGGCAGGACCUGCUCCUGCUGCCUCCGCUCACCCUCUCAGCCACCCUCUGCUCCCAUGCCCUGUCAGCCUUCUGCAAUCCUUUUAAAAAAUAAAACCCCCGCUCUUGUGACAUCACACUGACCCUCCUCCUUCCCCGCUGGGGAGCUACUUGGUGUCCAGUUUGGCCAUCUCCUGCACGUAGAUGCCAAUGCUCUCGCUGUCGAAGAGCAGGAAGUACACAUUCUUCAGCGAGGAUGAGCUCGAGUCGUCGAAGUGGGCCGAGAUGGCCUUGAGGGUCACUUGGGCGGCCGUCUGUUUGGGAAAGCAGUUUCUAUGUCCAAGGAAAAGAAGAGCCCGGGUCAUUUUGGUCCCUGUACCCACUGUGAAAUCCUCUCCUAGUCUGGGGGAGAGGGAUUGAACCUUUUUAGUUUUUGGUCUGACAGGGCCUUACAAUAUAGCCUUGAUCACAUGUAGACCAGGCUGACCAUGAACUCAGAGAUCUGAGCCUCUGCCUUCCAGAGUGCAAUGAUUAAACACAUACGCCAUCACA